AUGCCAUGUCCUUUGAUCACUCUGGAGAGCGGUGAGACUGUACAAUUGAUCCCGAAACCCAUGCAAUCCGAUCUAGACUGGCUAAUAUCCGACCUCCCAGCAGACCUCCAGAUUCCUGAUGAUAUCCAGCGUUACUAUUGCACCGAACCAGCAUGCCGCUCGGACCCUUGUCUUCAUGGAGGCACUUGUGGGGAGACAGAGAUAGGAUUUACUUGUCUCUGCUUAGAGUGCCACCGUGGUGAAAGAUGUGAAGAAGGAGUAUUUGCGACAGUUAGCGGUCCACUGUAUGAGUCCUCGUCCGUCGAUGUUCCUGCUGAAGCCGGAUCAGUGAUAUGCCCUGCUAAUACCACAAACAUCACAGACUGCUGGUACAGUGAGACUAAAGUGGGACGGAUAAACGAGAGUGAAACUAUAUCCAUUGUGUGUUGCCCCGUAAACCCGUGUAAUAUAUCUGGUCGACCACUCGGCCUUGAAAGUGGUGCUCUUCCCGAUUCGGCCUUGUCUGAAACAUCCUGCCACUCGGCGUCCGAAUGCAGCCGUUUUGGCCGUCUGAACUCUGAGACAGCCUGGCUUCCAGACUCGUCCGACCAAAUCCCAUGGAUGCAGGUCCAAUUUGAGUCCAGUUAUAUCAUAACGGCCAUAACGACUCAGGGUAGAAAUGACUAUGAUGAGUGGGUGACGUCAUACACUUUCGUGUCCAGUUUUGACGACACGGCUUGGACUGUUUAUUUGAACGUAUACUCUGGAUCAGUUGAGAUAUUUCCGGGAAAUUACGACCGUGAUAGCCAUGUGACUCACACGCUUGCUAGGCCGAUAGUUGGACGCUCUUUCCGGAUCUAUCCAAAAACCAAUCACGGUCACCUUUCUUUGAGGAUGGAACUAUAUGGGUAUGGACCUCUAACUGAUGAUAUAGCGUCGCUGAACCUCGAUGCGAAACUUGGUUGCACUUCUCCUGUCCUUGGCGAGGGGCUUGGCGUGGAAGAUGGUCGGAUACCAGACUCUAGUCUGACCUCGUCAUCGAUCUAUAGUUCCGGCUAUGAAGCUUACAGAGGAAGGCUGAAUGGAGUUGCAGUUGCAGGGGAAUUCUUCGGUGCAUGGGCCGCCGCCCAUUCAGACAACAAUAAGUGGGUCAAGGUUGAUCUCGGCGAGGAUACUUUGGUAACUGGUGUUAUCACACAGGGACGGAACGAUUGGGACCAAAGGGUUACGUCAUUCCAAAUCUCCUACUCAAGGGACAAUACAAAUUGGACCUUUGCUCUGGAAAAGCAGUGCGGGGUACGAAAAACAUAUGCAGGAAACUUUGAUGCUGCUACACAUGUGACCACACUGUUUCCAGUGCCAGUAACAGCACGGUACGUCAGGUUUCAUCCUUUAGCAUCAUUUGAUGAUACGUCUUUGAGAUUCGAAGUACUUGGUAUCAACACCUGAACAAUAACGAGUUAUCGUUAAAUUGAUUUAUUGUUUUAUUUAAUCAUUUUGUUAUCCUUGUUUAUACUUAUUUAUCUAUUUAUAUAUUAAAGAGAGUGUAGCAUGGCAAACAAUUGUUAACGCCUUCUACGUCUUCUUUCGGAUUACUGCACGUAAAAGAAUGGACUUCGUAGUCAGCGACUUAAUCUCUAA